CCUGGUCCGGUUUCCAGGUGGGACCCAGGCCGUCCCCGGAGCCGGUCUGGUUUCCAGGUGGGACCCAGGCCGUCCCUGAACCCGGUCCGGUUUCCAAGUGGGACCCAGGCCGUCCCUGAACCAGGUCCGGUUUCCAAGUGGGACCCAGGCCGUUCCCGGAGCCGGUCCGGUUUCCAGGUGGGACCCAGGCCGUCCUCGGAGCCGGUCCGGUUUCCAAGUGGGACCCAGGCCGUCCCCGGAGCCGGUCCGGUUUCCAGGUUGGACCCAGGCGGUCCCUGAACCAGGUCCGGUUUCCAAGUGGGACCCAGGCCGUUCCUAGAGCUCACCCGGUUCCCAAGUGGGACCCCGGCCGUACCCGGAGCCGGUCCGGUUUCCAAGUUUGAUGCAGACUGGCUCCAGCUGGUUCUUGGACCUCCAAGUCUGAAGGCUCCUGACAGAAGCUGUCCUAGAGGGACUUACCGUGUCCUCCAGAGACAGCAAGAACGCUGCGCCUUCAAGGAGCUCAACAGCUCCUGCAACUGAGUUUCUCAUACUUGGAAAAUGGCAGAAGUCUUUCCUACAGAGUGCAGAAGUAAACCUUGCCAUGGGAGAAACAGCUUCCUGAUCAAGAUAUUUCCUCAGCCAGGCUGCUUUUGGUGUGGUAGCAGAAUAAUGCUGUUAAAAGUUUCCUGCACCGUGAAUCAAACUGUGCCGAGCCUAGGCUCCCACGGAACCAAGCCUGAGCGCCACCCGGGCACUGAGAAGCGGACUCCGCCGAGGCUGAACGAGGCAGCGGGACCGGUCCGCGCCUGAGCAUGGAGAUGAAGCGCCAGGGAGGGCAUGUCCGGGGCGCCGGAGACGCCAGGCCCGAGUAGCUCCUCCAUGGAGCCUGCCCAGAGCGGUCUCUGCUCGCCGAAUUCGCCCCCAGUCCUGUGCGGCUGCUGAGAGCGCUCCUUGCUCUGUAAAGUGGAUGUCAGGUGGAUCUAUGUUUUUGAAGGAACAAAGACUCAGCGAAAGCACCGCCGAGGAAGUUUGAGACGCGGGAGGAUGCAGGCUGCGUGCUGGUACGUGCUUCUCCUCCUGCAGCCCACCGUCUACUUGGUCACAUGUGCCAAUUUAACGAAUGGUGGGAAGUCAGAACUUCUAAAAUCAGGAAGCAGCAAAUCCACACUAAAGCACAUAUGGACAGAAAGCAGCAAAGACUUGUCUAUCAGCCGACUCCUGUCACAGACUUUUCGUGGCAAAGAAAAUGAUACAGAUGUAGACCUGCGAUAUGACACCCCAGAACCUUAUUCUGAGCAAGACCUUUGGGACUGGCUGAGGAACUCCACAGACCAACAAGAGCCUCGGCCCAGGGCCAAGCGAAGGCCCAUUGUUAAGACGGGCAAGUUUAAGAAAAUGUUUGGAUGGGGUGAUUUUCAUUCCAACAUCAAAACAGUGAAGCUAAACCUGUUGAUAACUGGGAAAAUUGUAGAUCAUGGCAAUGGGACAUUUAGUGUUUAUUUCAGGCAUAACUCCACUGGUCAAGGGAAUGUAUCUGUCAGCUUGGUGCCCCCUACAAAAAUAGUGGAAUUCGACUUGGCACAACAAACCGUGAUUGAUGCCAAAGAUUCCAAGUCCUUUAACUGUCGCAUUGAAUAUGAGAAGGUUGACAAGGCUACCAAGAACACACUCUGCAACUAUGAUCCUUCAAAAACCUGUUACCAGGAGCAGACCCAAAGUCAUGUAUCCUGGCUCUGCUCCAAGCCCUUCAAGGUGAUCUGUAUUUACAUUUCCUUUUAUAGUACAGAUUAUAAACUAGUACAGAAAGUGUGCCCUGACUACAACUACCACAGUGACACACCUUACUUCCCCUCCGGAUGAGGAUGGACAUGGGUGAGACUGAAGCCUGAGGAAUUAAAGGUCAUAUGACAGGGCUGUUACCUCAAAGAGGAAGGUCACAUCUGUUGCCUGGAAUGUGUCUACACUGCUGCUCUCGUCAACUGGCUGCAAAGACGCUAGUGGAAAACAAUCCGAUGUAAUUUCUGCCCAGUCAGCUUCAUCUCUCAGCAUAGUUGUAAAUCACUACAGGUUUUAAAGGCACACUUGAAGACAUACUCUCACACAUAGAUAUACACAAACACACGUUCAUAUACAUUUCAGCUUGCAUCUGUCAUGAUUGCUGUCAGGAGGGCUUUCGUUAUCUGACUCAUAAUGGUUCAGGAUAAACUAUCAUCAAGCAAAAGGAUUAACUAGACAGUGAAUGGUUUCUAACACUUGCUGUUAUGGAAAUCUCUUUUAAAGUCUUGAGUACAUGCUAAUCAAUAAUCCCCACUCAUGCAUUCCUACUGCUUGGAGUAGCUGUACUGGUAAAUACUACUGUAGGAGUAUAUGCUUGUUCAAAUGGAAAAAAAAAUGUGUCUUUAGAGCUCAGUAUUCUUUAUUUUAUGAACACAACAAAGUGUAGUAACUUUUUUCCAGCAUACAGUAGGCACAUUCAAGGUAAUAUAAGAUGGCUCUUUUUUUUUUUUUUCUAUGGAGGGAGCCUGUUUUCAGUAAAGAUGAGCAAACAUUUGGAAUUUACAUGUGGGCAGACAUUGGAUUACAGCUUUCAUCACCAGUCUUUGGACUUUCGCAAAGUUGAGACCAACUAAGGCUGCUUAAAACAAGUUCUGAUCAUUAUAUAAGAAGGGAAAUGCCUGACAGACACCAUGUAAGUUAUAAGUGUCUGUCUUAUCUUUACUACACAUAUUGUAACAAAUUCAAUAUCCUAGUCUUCAUUUGUAUGAAUGGUUUGUAUUGUACAUAGUUUAACCAAGUGUUAUUUGAGCUGCUUAUUAAUAUUAACUUGUACUUGUCUCUCUGCUUGUUAUUGGUUAAAAAAGAAAAAAAAAGGAUAUGAGGAAUCCAUUUUAUCAAUGUAGCUGUGACCUCCAUUAAAAAGACAAACUUAAUGUACAAAGCAUUUAUUCAGCUCAAGUAUUGUUGAAAGCUAUACAUAUACAACAUUACAGUCUGUCUGUAUUUAGAUAUUUUAUUUCUGGACAAAAUGAAAUGUACAUAAAAAUAAAAUGCUUAAAGUUGAGUUUCAAUAUGUGCUUGUGUAAGAUGGUGAUUUAAAUGGUUCUGACAGGAAGAAUGUGCUGGAAUACAGUAAUGGUUUUGCAUCUCAUGUCUCUAAAUUUGUACAGAACUAUCUAAAUUGCUAUUAGUUGCCCAGUCAAAACAAGUUAGGAGUUUCAGUCUCAAGCCUGGCAAACAGUUGUGGCAUACAGCAUUGCACACAUUUUUGGUUUACUGUCGUGCUAGUUAAUUCAAGAAUACCAAAUAUCAAUGAGCAUAAGAGAUGAUUGAGGUCUCUUAAAUGAUUAUAGCUGGUUUUUUUUUUUUUUUCCUGUGUAGAGUCUUUAUUUAGCAGGGAGAUUGAGAAGAAGGUAAUUUUUUUUUUUCUUUAAAAGAAAGUCAAGAUGUCUGAAGAACUCUGGCUGGCUUUCCCUGAUUCUACUGUUAUCAUACAACUCAACUGAGAAAAUUACAAUAGCAGUG